UCACACUAUAAAUUAAGCCCCUUCAUCACUUAGGGAAUCACAAUUUGUGUGAGAGUUGUAGCCAUGGAAACCUCCAGCUGCAGAUUAAAGGGUCAUUUUGCUUUGCUUAUGAUUGUCUUUCUCAUGCUGUGUGGUGCCACAAGGGCACAGUUAACUGUGGAUUUCUAUAAGAGCUCGUGUCCAAACCUUCUCAGAAUCGUGAGAAGAGAAGUCGUGAAAGCUAUAAAGAGCGAGAUGAGAACGGCAGCUUCACUCCUUCGCUUGCACUUCCACGACUGCUUUGUUAAUGGUUGUGACGGAUCAGUGCUGUUGGAUGGAAGUGAUGGGGAGCAAUUUGCACUUCCCAACAUCAAUUCUCUUAGACGGCUUGAAGUGAUUGAUUCAAUCAAAAGCGCGGUGGAGAAUUCUUGUAGCGGAGUUGUGUCAUGUGCUGAUAUAUUAACCUUAGCUGCUAGAGACUCUGUUCUAUUGAGUGGAGGACCAACAUGGAAGGUUUUACUGGGGAGAAGAGAUGGAUUGGUGGCCAACAAAACUGGAGCAGAUCAGGUACUGCCCGCUCCAUUUGAGAACAUUGAUGGUAUCCUCAAGAAGUUCACUGAUGUUGGCCUUGAUCUCACCGACGUCGUUGCUUUAUCUGGAGCCCACACAAUUGGGUUUGCAAGGUGUGCGAUGUUCAACAAUAGGCUAUUCAACUUCUCAGGGAGUGGGUCGCCAGACCCCACCAUGGAGAGCAGAAUGGUGUCGGAUCUGCAGGCGUUGUGCCCUCUCACCGACGAUGGCAACAAGACCACAGUGCUGGACAGGAACUCUACGGAUUUAUUUGACAACCAUUACUACAAGAACUUACUCAACCAAAAGGGGCUGUUGGAAUCAGACCAAAUUCUGUUCUCCAGCGCUGCAGCUCAAAGCAGCACAAAAAGCUUGGUGGAAGAUUACAGCUCAAACACGACGCGUUUCUUUGAAGACUUUGUCAGGGCCAUGAUCAAGAUGGGGAACAUAAGCCCACUCACGGGCUCUAAUGGAGAGAUCCGAAAGAAUUGUAGAGUGGUUAAUUCCUAAGUAUAUAGAUUCCCUUCCCUUGUAUCAAUAAAUUACACAACUUUUUAAGUAGAGCUUAUUGGGUGGUUCACCACUUAAUUAGAACCUAUCGAGUCAUCUAGCACGAUGUGAACUCGAGCAUCGAGAUAUUAGUUGUCUCCACAGUUUGCUCAGUAUACUUGUUAAAGUUUAAACUAUCUUUAUGUUUAA